UGUUGCAGCCAGUGUCUUUCGUAGAGAUUGAAGGUUGCUCAUCGUCUUCUUCGAUUUUUUAAAUCUCUGUCUUCGACUUUUUUUAUUUUUUCUGUGUUUCACAGUGAAACCCUUCGUUGGCAAUUCGAGCAGUACGGUUAAAUCCUUUGAAGGUGUCGUCUUUGCCUAUAAGAACACCGGCCGAUUCAAAGGACACGAUACUAAAUGUUCACUCUUAGCGAGCUCGAGCAUACACUAAGAGUGCCUCCGCAUCUCCUUAACCACCCCCUCGAAGAUGCCAUUAAGUCGGUGCUUCAAAAUCUGUUCUUGGACAAGGUUUUGGCAGAUUUGGGACUUUGCGUAUCUAUAUACGACAUUAGAUCAGUAGAAGGAGGUUUCGUUUUACCUGGAGAUGGUGCUGCGACUUACAAGGUGAGAUUUAGAAUGGUAGUGUUUCGUCCAUUUGUUACUGAGGUCAUAGCUGCAAAGUUCAAAGAAUCUGAUGCCAAUGGCUUGCGCUUAACACUUGGAUUCUUUGAGGAUAUUUAUGUGCCUGCUCCACUUAUACCUACACCUAACCGCUGUGAGCCUGACCCUUACAAUAGGAAUCAAAUGAGAUGGGUUUGGGAAUUUGGGGAACCGAAAGAAGACUAUAUUAUCGACGACUCUUGUCAGAUCAAGUUUCGAGUUGAGAGCAUCAGCUAUCCAACAGUUCCAAUUGAGCGAACCGAAGGCUCAAAGCCUUUUGCUCCUAUGGUGAUCACUGGGAAUAUAGAUGAUGAUGGCUUGGGUCCUGUUUCUUGGUGGGAGUCUUUUGACCAGAUUGAUCAAGAAGAGUGAGACCUGAGGCUGAGCCUACGUAUUCUCAAACUGAAGCAAAAUCCUGUUCUGAUCAAGACUAAAAGUUUCUUCAAACUUCUUUCUCCCCGCCUAAUAUAGAAAGUUAGGAACACAAUUAUACCAAAUUGUUCUUAGAUCCUAGUUCAGUUACAUUGUUGUUGGUCAUGAGAUUAAUGUUGAGCUAAUGUAGAUCCAAUACUGAAA